CAGAAUGUGGAAGAUUGCAUCAUCAAAAGUUUUCUCAGAAGUCAGUAGGACUGCCUUCCAUUCCUUGUGAUUCUCCCUUAAAUUGGUAAGCGGGGUAAGAAAAGCUAGCAAGUACAGAGCAGCUGGUGAGGAUAAACAGAGCACUUUGGACAGCAUCAACUCAAGCAAAAUGAACCAGACGUUUACAGAUUAUAACGAUUCACACAUUGGUUAUUUCAAUAACCAAAAUAAAACCGAAUGUCUGGAUUCUCCUUAUGAUAAUCUGUGGAACUAUAUGAGAGUGAGUUCUCAGGUCUUCUUCUACCUGACCUUGAUCCUUGGUGUUCCUGGAAAUGCCUUUGUUGUGUAUGUUGCUGGAAUGAAGAUGAAGAGGACUGUUAAUACAGUAGGGUUUCUCAAUCUAGCAAUUGCUGACCUCUUUUGUUGCCUUUCCACUCUUUACUUUGUGGCAGAAAGCUUUCUUGAAGAAAACGGGCUGAAUGGAUCUGUCUUCAUGUGCAAGAUUGUCCCCUUAAUUAUGCACAUCACCAUGUUUGCCAGUGUUUUCACCCUGAGCUUAAUUAGUCUGGAUCGGUUUACUCUGGUGAUUACCCCAGUUUGGGCUAAAAAUCAUCGCAGCCUUUUAAUUGCACAACUGUCCUCUGUAGCAGCCUGGGUUCUGGCUUUAAUUCUUAGUCUGCCUUUUAUGAUGAUAAAAGAGAAUUCCACAGAUGGCAUAAGCUACUGCCUGCAAUAUGAAUUUGAAAAAGAACAAAUGUAUAGAAGGUUAUGCAUCAUCACAUUUGUGUUUGGAUUUUUGAUUCCUCUCAUAUGCAUCACAACAUGCUAUGGAUUCAUCGCACACAAGUUAGGCAGGAGUCAUUUUAACUCUGGACGAGCGUUUCGCAUCAUGUUGGCUAUUAUUGUGGCCUUUUUUCUGUGCUGGUUGCCAUAUCACAUAGUGCAUUUGAUAAUCAUAUUUGAUAAUGACGGGGAGACAUCAAGUUUCUUGGUGGCUUUGGUAGUGUAUCCAUUGGCCAUUUCUUUGGCGUAUGUCAACAGCUGCCUGAACCCCAUUCUGUAUGUUUUCAUGGGGAAGGAUUUUAAAAGCAAUGUUAAGCUUUCUCUAAGACAUGUUUUUGAAAGAGCUUUCUCUGAGGAGGGGACACAAGUGUCACGUUCCACCCAGACACAACAAAUGCACUCAGUGUAAGGAAGAUAUGAACUCAUUUAUUCAGUCUUUUCAAUUUUUUUUUUAUUACUUUAUUAUACUUUUAUUAUAUAUAAUUACCUGUCCCAAUAAAAAUUAAUGUAACUUUUCAAAAAAGCUAAUGAAAAUAUAAAUUGAAACUGAAUAAAAUAUCUUUGAAACUGAAAAAAUAAAUAAAUCACAGGCAAAAUGUUUGACUUUGUUUUUAAUACACUGCAUGUUUUGCUAACCGUUUUCUCCUAUUUCUUUCACUGAUCUGUACAUUCAAAUGUGUUUCCAGAGUUUUAGUUUGUGCUUUUGCGCCAUUCUGGCACAAAUCUCUCACGGGGGCGUGUUCUCACUAGCUACUGAGUUUUUGAUUGACAGCUUCUUGACCUGGAGGAUAUUCCAGAAAGCAGGUUAUGUGACAUACCUGGGUAUGUUUAAGAGUAAGCAAGUAUGUAAGUAGCCAUAGCAACUUACUUUCUGAACAUAACCUGCUCUGGAGCAAAUUAAAACUCUGGAAACACAUCUAUAAGUACAAAUCAGCGAAAGAAAGACAAACUCUUAGCAAAACAUGCAGUGUAUUAAAAAACGAAGUCAAACAUUUUGCCAGCGAUUUAUUUUUAUUUUAUUUUUUUUUGUCA